AUGUCUGGAAAGAACACUAAAACCCGUAACACUAUUCAGACGCAACUUCGGCCUGGUCUACAAGCCGCGACCGCGGCCUCAGGUGAGCCACCGGCCCCUGCAGACACCACCGCCAACUUUGACACCACUGCCCUCAAACUCGAGUUGCUGGCCGAGAUGAGGAAAGAUAUCGCAGAUAUUUUUAAAAAGGAGCUGCAGGAAACUCUUGGGGACGCUUUGUCCACUAUCAAGCUCGACCUGCAAGCGGUCAAGACACAGCUGGCGAGUGAUAAAGCUGCUACCGAGGCUACCAUGUCCAAGCUAAAAGGUACGGUCGGAGAGAUGGAGCAUGCACUCACUGUGUGCUCCGACGACAUCGCCGAGAUGAAAACUACCAUCAAGUCCCUCACAGCCGACAUGGCCAAGCUGGAAAACAAGUGUGAAGACCUGGAGUCCAGAGCGCGGCGCAACAAUAUCAGGAUAGUGGGAGUACCGGAGGGUCCUGACACCUGUACCACUACGGCUCUAGCUUACUCAUUAAAAUACCACUUGACAACAGCUUACAAAACAGGAGGCAACACAGAAAAGGGUCCCGGUGUCAGUUCGAACAUGGGAACGGCAAACGAGGUGGGUCACGGUCAGUGUGAGAGGCGGGAGAAGAAGGGACACGGACAUGAAAGGUGCCGUGACCCCGCCGGAUACGUGGGCGCCCGGGGGCGAGCCUGCCUUCACGAGCCCGCUUCACGAGCCUGCUCCACGACCGUUAACUUAGCACAGUUAGCUUAG